GAGCGCGUCAUUUCCGGUGGAAUAUUCCAGUGGAUUCAUUCUUUGUCUUAAAAAGGACGCGCUGAAAUAGCCGCUGUGAAGUUGACAGGUAAACGGUCUGAUGUUCUGUAUGACAGCCUGACAGCUUUUAGACACAGAAGUCAGUUCAGAGGGGGGAAAAAAGGAAAGAAAAGACAAAGAGAAUAAAGAUCCGGGGUCUUUAGGUGCGCGUUGAGACGUCUGCGUCACUGGAACUGUCUAGAUUUUGUAAUCUUUGGAGGUCCUUUGCAGCAGUUGUGUUGUGAGCCAGAGACAAUCAUGAUCCUCCUGACUCCCUCCUCUGGUAGGUACUAGUUUCUCAUCUCAUAAUCUGGAUUACGGCACACCUGCGUGGGCCUCUGACGUGCUGAGAGAGUCUUAAAGAUGUUUGGGCUGAAAAAAACUGGGACCAGUAAUCCAUUUUUGUAAAAUCAGACACAUAACACAUAUUAGAUAUAUAACAUAUAGCACAUAAAGAUGGCAGAAUGUAUAGGAAUAAAUGUUGUAUGACUGGAGUUGAUUAUUUGUGAUAAAUUGCAAUUUAGUUCAGUGUAAUAUAGUCUAUAUUCUUCACUUCAGAGUUGUUUUCUGUGUCUUUCAUUUAGUCUUUGUAGAUGUUACCAGGUAACAGAGCAGGGUAUUACAUAACAAGGGCCUUCCCAUCAUGCUUUGCACUCUGGAGGCAGCAAUCCAGAGACUUGCUUGAAAUUGACAGUGUGUCUGGCUCUGGCUUAAUCCUCUUUUUUAUUUUUUUAUUUUAUUUCAUUAGUGACCAAAACAGUGUGUUAAGUAGUUAAAGUAAACCUUGACCCUUAGAGCUGCAACCCCGCAGACCUUUACUCACGUGGAACUGCAUGCGUGGCUCUUUAAUUGUAUUUACUGUCAUAAAAGUGAUUAUUCAUUUCGCUCAUUUAGAAAUUCUACGAUAUUCAGAAGAAUGCAGAAUGUUUUCUGCAUUAACUGAUGUUGUAACUUUUGUUAAGGUCCAAAAUAAGAAGUAAAAAAAAAAAAAAAACCCAACAUGCUGUCAAAUAAAAGUGUAAGUUAUUGUUGGCUUUUUGCUGUGUCUCAUGCGCUGUUUUCUUUCAGAUGAAGAGUCUCUUGAACUCGUCUGGCUUUGGAAUCACAGGAAGUUCAGGGUGAAAAACACUUGAAGGGUUGCUACAUUUGCAACAUUUAAAAAAAAAAUCUUUUUUUUUUUUUUUCAAAAAACAAUCUGUGCAUUCUGUCUUGGGCAGUACUAUGACUUGAGAGAAAGUUAUAAACUCACAAGAGAGGAGGCCGACAAGGAAAAAAAAAACACAAGAAAAACAAAGAAUUCUUUGUUUGACUUCAUUAAAAAACAUCACGGCAUUGUGGGGGCAGAGGCAGUUUUUUUUUUUUUGGCUGGAGCGAGGCAGUGUCAGCAGUCAUUCCAUCUUGCUGACUAAGAUGUAGCUUUAGAUGUCGUUCAUAGUACAAAUCUUGUCUUCAUAACCAAACACGUCAAGUUAUUAUGACAAGUUUUGCUAACUGCACUUCAAUCAAACGUCUCGCUUGAUAAAACUCUUCCCAUUGGCCAUAAAAUCCCAUGCAGUUUAAAAUUUUAAUAUAAACUGCAUGUCAUAAAAACAAGGUCAUCUGGAUUUAUUUAUGCCUAGGUGGCAGCGGUAUUAUUAUAUCUGAACAGUUAGCUGUGUGAGUGCUGCUGCCACGUCCUUGUCUCGGGUCAGUACGUUUGAUCAGAGUUAACAGGCUAAUUGAUCUCACGCCUGGUAUGUGUCAAUGCAGUAGAUGCACCUCACUCUCACUAUAGCAAAUGGUGUAUGUGGUAGUCCCCAUAUCGUCCUACUUUUCCCCAAACCAGCAUUUGUGUGCAUUUACCCCCCUGAUAAGCUCACAGUCGAGUGCACUUCACAUGCAUCCUCUUCAAACAUUGUAUCCUUUUGACUUCUUUCCUUUCCGAAUAUUAUCUAUUGAUAUUGAAGUUUAAUGCAUGUCACUGUGGCCAUUUUCUUUUUUUUUCUUUUUUUGUAACAGUUAAAAUAUCUUUAACAUGUUUAGUGUAUAGAAAUAACUGACUAUGUGAUGAGGCUAUCUAUAAUGUUGCAUGCUGUUGGCUGCAAAUGAAUGAAUGUGUACAGUAACAAAUGCAUUUUAGUGAUCUGAAAAUGGAUGAAUAUAUCGUAAGGUCGGUCUCCGUCCAAUAAACAUACAUCUUGGUAAGUGAUGCUUCUUUUACAUAAGACGGGGGAAUCAGUUGCAAAGUGAUAGUUUAAAGAGACACACAUAUGCAAACAUAUGUUACAAUACCCUGCAAUAUGGAUUCCUACUAGAUGGAUUAUGACAUUUUAUUCUUUUAUGACAUUAAGAUUACUUUCUGAUUCUUUUUUUUUUUCAAUCCAAGUGAGGUUUGACUGAAACUGGGAUUAGUAAACUAUUCCCAUUCAGACAUAUUCAUCAAAAAAAAAUAAAAAAAUAAAAAAAUUCAUGCUGGUAUGGUCACCCAGUCAUAGUAGGGAUUUAGCUUUUAGCCUUAGCUUCUUGAACCAUGGCAGAGGUCAUUAAACUAACACAGACAACUACUAACUGCUGCUGUUCUGUGGUCUCAGGUUUCUUCCAGUGUACCAACAAGCUCUUUCUCAGUGAUCAGGCCACAGGACUGCAGAUAAAGGAGUUUGCACGUAAAAAUGCUGCUAAUGCCCUGUCAGUUGCCAACAUGGUCAUGGGCAUGGCCUCCAUUCUCAGCAGUCUGAAUGGGCACCAUCAUGCUGCAUGUUGGCUGGUUCUGAUUGGCUACCUGCUGGAUUUGGCAGAUGGAGCAGUUGCCAGGCGACUCGAUGCCUGCUCUGAACUGGGUGCCAAGCUAGAUGAUUUUGCUGACUUCACGACCUUCGGGAUUGCCACAUCGUUGCUCCUGAGGACAUCCGACCUGCUGGACAACAUCCUGUGCAUGUGUUACGUCCUAUCUGUGUUUGUGCGCCUCUGUUUUUUCUCAAGCGGGAUCCCAUUCAUGUACCGCGGCCUGCCCUGCAUCUACUCCUCAGCCAUUCUGGCCAGUGCCUCUCUGCUGUCAGGAGGAAACAUGACCAUGCUGCGGGUCAUCGCAAUGGCCAUGAUCCUCUUUAUGAUCAGUCAGAACUUCUACCCUCACGACAGAGUGCUGGAGUCCCAGGCCUGGAAGAAAGCCGUCUACGCCGGAGGAGUCAUCAUGGUGUUCUGCUCUUCAUUCCCCCCUGCAUGUGUGUACUACCUGCUGUGGUCUGUCUCCUACAUUUUGUUCCCAACAUCUCUUUGGAGCAGUAAAGUGUAAAAAGGGGUUCUGGCUUGUCUCAAAACCCCCCAAAAAUAGGUUUACCUCUGGCCCAUCCGGGUGAAGUGAGGCUUCCUGCCAUGGAGGAUCCAAGCUGAACAUGCAUCACAGGCAAACACUUGCUAUAUUUAGCCUUUAUUUUUGAUGUGACACCUCAAAGACAGAACCCACACCGAAUAGUUAGAGUGAUGAAUGAGAGGGACAUUUUAAUUUAAGGAUUGACCUUCAUGCUAUGUUAUGUCUUUGCUGUAUUUUCACCCAAACCAGGGGUUGAGUAGCUUGUUCUAAUCAGGUUCGUCUCCUGUGUAAUCCCUCUACUUCAGUAGUAAUCCAAUCUUUCAUCAAUGUAAUACGUAGCAGCAAGGCACAUUAUAUAAACUGUUAAAAUGAUUUUAAAUGAAAAAAAAUUACCUGAAUUUCAAAUAUACCUUUGCUUCUAAUUUGGCUCUAAAAUGUUUACUUUUGUAAUCAGACAUGGCAUCGUGACUCUUAUUAUGGCAUCCAUGGUGUUAAAUGUAGCUUAAUGAGUAGCUGUUGGAGUGCUACAGUACGUAGAAGGCCUUUCUCUGAUUUUCUCAGCAACGUUUUCAAGAUUCUAAAAUUCCACGUUGUUUUUGGCUCAUCUAUAACACAGUAACAGGCAUUUAUACAGCACUAUGACCAGUCCUGUGUUCACUGACUGGCUGUUAAUGUUUGUAUCACGGUUGGGGUCACUUCACUUUCAUAAAAUUCUGGUCCUAAAAAUCCAUUUUUUUGCCAUUUUGUUUGGGCUCCUUAAUCCUGUCACUUACAGUAAGAAAUGUUCCAGCAUAAGAGCACAGUUAUUCCUAUUAUUUGAUUUGCUGUUUGAAUGUAUGUUUUAAAUAAGUUCAGUUGAAAGUCCAUGGACCCCAACCUCGGUUUCUGUGAAUUCGGGAAUUAUUUUUUCUUUAAUUUAGACUUUUUACCAAGUUGUGAUACUGUCCGAGAAAUGAUUUGCAUAUUUCUUUAUGUGUGAUUUUAUUGGGUCAUUGUUGUAUGUGUUUGCCUCUGUUUUAAGAGGCAUUGCAGGUUAAACAGUAAAUCCACACCUGAUCACCAUCAUGUGUCCUCUGACUGGUGCUGAAUCAGUGAUGUCCAUCAUUCGUCAAACAUGACAUCAUCAACGAUGGAGAUGGAGUCAGAAAGAGAUGGAGUCAGAAAUGCAGUCCUUGUGUGAUUCAGUGUGAAUUUACCCUUAAAGAGCAACCGCACACAGGCUGCAAAUCCUCCUUUUUGCUGCCAUCUAGUGGCUAAAACUUUCACCUCGUUCUGCCUCACCUCAUUACAGUUGACGUUGGCUCACAAAUGCACCCGGCCGCCGACGGUUUAAACCCUCAGCGGUCAAGAAAGGAGGAGAUAUUGUGUGUUGUUACUCUUUAACUUGGCCAGUAUUCAGUCUAAGGGACAUCGCUUUUUUGUAGACCAGUUUUUAAGGACACCUUUCUGCUAUGAUCUUUGUUCAGGAUAGCACAGAGUAAAUAUAUCUGUUCUCAGCACUAAAAGCUACUGACAGUUCAUAUUUAAAUUCUGACUCAUUACAUUCCUGCUCAAACCGUCAUCUUUGAGCUUGUAAUCAGAGGUGUCAGAGCAAUUUAUGAGUUAUCCAAAUGAGUCUCCCUAACAGUGCUCCAUUAGGGGAAGGUCAUGUCUUCCGGAUCUGUUAUACAUUUAAACACAUUGUGGUUCUUGACAUGAUUUAUGUCGAACCGGCGUUGUGAAGAAAAUCUACAAUUCAUAGUGCAAAAACAGACUGAACACAAAUCUAUUCUAGUACAUUCAGCAGUGCAUUAAGCUUUCCUGUGUGGGUGUUUUGGUUUUCAAACUGUAAAGUCACAGUAAUGUAUGCAUGCCAAGAGCAUUACAGAUACAAAAACUGUACUUUCCCCAAUGAUGAAAGAAAGAUCUUAAUGAAUAAUAAGAUCUUUGCUUUUGAGUCUGUACAUUUUUGACAAUAAAGAGGUAAUAAUACAA